AUGGCAGAUUCCACCCGCCCCACAAGGCCAUCUCUCGGCCAAAUGCGCAGCAGUUCAUUCCUGCAGGACCACCAGCAGUACAAACCGAUGGCUCCAAUCAACCCAAUCAACCCAAUCACUCAGACUAUCGGCGAGGUUCUGGCGACUCAGGUGGACGAUCACCUUGUACUCAGCUCCAAUCCAAUCAAGCCAGAUCCGGAGAGAGUCACCGACAGCGGCAUCAUCCACAGUAUCUUCAAUCACCACGCAAAUCCUCUUCCAACCGGAACGUCGCAAAUCGUCGCGACCAUCUACUACAAAUCUAACAAUCCCAUUCACCCCCACUACCACCCCGACUCAGGGGGCCAACAUACCCCAGGCGACAAGCUCCCAGCUCCCAAGGUGCCCGAAGGCUCUGCCCCAACAGAAGACAUGGAUAAGUUCCCGCGCGAGCCACCUGCCCCGGAGCCAGAACCACUUGAUCACCUGUAUGGGCCAUACGUCUCUCAGCUGUGCUUGACCAACUUCCUUCAGAUCUUGGAAACCCUCCCUACUCCCUAUCAGCGCAUGAACACUUCGCACCGCUGUCUUGACCGCGACGAACACCCUCGCGUCGUGGAGGUCACGUUCUCUCCCCCGCCGAACCCGGACUAUCUCUCUUUCCCGGAUCUGCGUAAGCAUGAGAGCAUCUGGCGCUUUGAGCGCGAGUGGAAUGUCGAGGUUGUCCUGCAAAAGGAGAGCGUCUUCCGUCGGCACAAGCGCCUUGCUGUGUUCGACAUGGAUAGCACCUUGAUUGACAAUGAGUGCAUUGACGAAAUCGCCAAAUUUAUUGGUGUCGAGAAGGAGGUUUCCGCAAUCACUGAACGCGCCAUGAACGGCGAACUAGACUUUGCUGCAUCGCUGAAGGAACGUGUCGGUCUUCUUGCCGGCGUCACCGCAGAUGUCUUCGAGAAGCUCAAGUCUGUCCUGAAAAUCGCCAAGGGCGCCCGUGAGCUCUGCCGUGCAUUGAAGAAUCUGGGCUACAAGCUCGCGGUGGUGAGUGGCGGGUUCCAGCCCCUCGCCGAGUGGCUCGCCGAGCAGCUCGGUAUCGACAUUGCUGUUGCCAACCAUCUCGAAAUCGAUGAGGUCACCCAGACCCUGACCGGAAAAUUGGUGCCAUCCUACCCCAUCGUCGACGCCGCGCACAAGCGCACUCUCCUCAAGUCCAUCGCCGCUGAGCACGGCAUCCCUCUCUCGCAAACAAUGGCCGUUGGCGAUGGCGCCAACGAUCUCCUCAUGCUCCACGCUGCAGGCCUCGGCGUCGCCUGGCGCGCCAAGUCCAAGGUCCAGUUGGAAGCUCCCGUCCGUAUCAACGGCGAGAGCCUUGUCGAUAUCCUCUACCUGCUCGGCAUGGACAAUGAGGACAUUGCCGAGCUGACCUCCGACGCGCAAUAA